AUGUCUCUACAGCCAUUGCUUCUCUCGCGUUGGCUCGCCCGGCCAGUCGAACUCCUGCAAAGAACCUCAACCCUGAGCCGAAGUGUCCCGUCGGCACAGCCGUUCGCCCUCCUGCGCCGCCAGCCCUUUCUUCGCAUCCAGGCUGCUAGCCAGACGGCAACACAGCGAUCUAUGACCACCACAGCCCGUUAUAUGAGUAGGAUCACACCACAAUCUCGACCGGGUCUCUCUUCAAUCCGCCUGCCGAAACGACCAUUCAACCGCCGCUUUAACUCGGGGUCUGCAAAACCCGGAGCAGAGGCUGAAAAGGAAGGCAACUCGCUUUCCGCGCGAUUGCGCAAGCUAUCCCGUGAAUAUGGAUGGGCGGCUCUAGGCGUAUAUCUCGGUCUCUCGGCCUUGGAUUUUCCGUUCUGCUUCGUCGCUGUGCGGUUACUGGGCGUGGAUCGUAUCGGGCACUUCGAGCAUGUCGUGGUGGGAUACGUGAAGAGCGCAUUCCCAUCUGUAUGGCCCCAGAAAGAUAAUCAACCGGAGAGCGAGGGAGAGGAAACGCCGGGUUCGCUGGUUCGUGCGGAGGAAGCCAACCAAGCGGAAGCCAGUAUCUGGACCCAGCUCGCUUUGGCCUAUGCGAUCCACAAGAGUUUUAUUUUCAUCCGAGUUCCAUUGACGGCUGCCGUGACGCCGAAGGUGGUGAAGGUGCUGCGACGUUGGGGUUGGGACAUUGGAAAGCGUAAGCCGAAGAGUGCUUGA